CAUGUCCUGCGCGUAGAGUCACUUCUCUACCACACUCGUCGGAAGAGUAUCACUCGCCACACUCGUAUCCAGCGUAGCUUAUCACGCGCCUUCUUUUUCUCUUUUCUACUGGAUGCCGGCUUGCGACCUACGCGCACGCGACAAAAAUCACGAUACAACGGUGAGCGAUAAGUCAGCCGUUGAGUUCUUCGUACGGAUCCGUGAGUCUUCUACGGAUACGUUGCAAGCUUGACGAAGAUCGAAAAAUCGAAGUAUCGAAGAUCGAAUGGUUGGAGAGAUCGACGAGUCGGUUCUCAGAGCAGGACCGUUUUUUGGCGGGAACAGUUUGGGAAAAGUGUGCCGUGGGUGAUAGUGUUGACAGUGCAUCGACGUUACGCGAGAGACGCGAAGCACCGUAAACGUCAGCUCUCCGUUCGAGUGAAUUCUUCGCAAAACGAAACAAUGAUCGUGCAACAAUGGUGCGAUAAAAUGGUUACAUGGUUCGGAAACAGUGAUUAACCUUUCAUUCGCUGAACAUCGUAUAUUCCUAUUAACUGGAGAUACUUAUCUUCCCGCCGGUAUUAUAAAUCUACUGUUCGUCGAGUGUUCUAUCACGUAGAUAUAUAGAAAUAUAGCGCUGCUAUACGUACGUUUUCCAUCGGUCCAUCUAUUUUGAAUCGCACGAAACGUCGCUACCGUUCGACAAGACUGUCAAGAGUUGUUGAAUUUGCUCGCUGGUGAUUGCCAUCCGAUCGAAAGAACGAGAUAAAUAAAAAUAAUAAUAAAGUGGAGUUAGGGUGAAAAAUCAAGGAUUUUGUUGGACGUGGUGGGGGGUGUUGUAAUUUGCGAGAAGAUCGGGAAUAGCGUCCUUCGAAUCGUUAGGUGGAGUCGUUUGGAAAAGUGGUCACGACGCAACAAACGGUGACGAGUUGUCCAGGGGGUGGCGAAGGCGGCGGCGGUGCAGGUGGCGGUGGCGGUGGCAGCGAGAAGACGGUCCCGUAUGCGGCUACGACGGGUCCGGUAGAGGAGGUGGAGGCGCAGGAGGUGGAGGUAGAGGUCGACGAGGUUAAGAUGGAAGCCGAGGAGCAUCUCGCGAGAGAAUACGUACAGGAGUUUGUUCUCGAUCAUCUCGAUCCCGCCGACGUCAAACGAGAGGUAGGUACACGCGUUAAGAGAUAGUUAUCUAUCUACCUACUUGGAAAAGAUAUUUCAGGUAAGAAUCAGCUCACCAAUGAUGGUGAACGGUAGUGUGGUGCAAUUACCUGGCCAGGCUCUACAAGCGCAAGGUCUGGCUCUAGCGCCUCUGACGCCGCCGGCGCACGAGCUUGAGCAACCCCAUCCGCUUUACGGACAGCCGCACAUUCAGGUGCAGCACGGCGUCCUGGUGAAGGCACCACCGGGUGCAGCUUCUCAUCUGACGACCCUUUCGCAUCCUGGAACACCGCCGGAUACUCCUCCGGUCUCAGCGUCGCCCCCACCGUUGCAAUUGCAUCGGGGCGAUCGCGAUUCCCGCGAUAGAAGUCUGUUUCUUCAUUUGCAACAACCUAGCUCCAUCGUACAAGACGAUAUGCAGGCUGGUGAGGGCUUUUGCAGACAGCCCGGAGUCAUGGGUUGGUUGACGCAGUCCCUGAGGCAGGAACCGCUCGACCUCAGGCCUCACUGCCCUCAAGAACAAACACCGGAACCUCAUCACGAGGCUUGGCCCUCCGCACCCAUGCACCAUCAUUUUCAAGACCCGCAACACCUGCAGCGUCACACCAAGCAUACAGGUGGAUACAUCACGAUGUCAGGCCACAUAGAAUACUAUGGGAGUACGGGAACAGGCGGCGGGAUGCUUCCCGCGGGCGGAAGUGGAAUGUCGGGAAUGGAAGACAGCAUGCAGGGCAUACAGAUGCAACCGGGAAGACCGAUGAGCGUUUGUUCAGUGAGUUCUUGCGCCGCUGGUGGCUCGACUCCACCGCACAGAGGCAAUGUCCUUUACCAGAAUUGCGGGAGUAACAAUCCCCAGGAAGAACUCAUGAACGACGAGCUGCUCAUGUCGCUUUCCGUACGCGAAUUGAACAAACGCCUUCAUGGUUGCCCGCGGGAAGAGGUGAGUCAGGUGGUGCGUCUGAAGCAAAAGCGGCGAACCUUGAAGAAUCGUGGUUACGCUCAGAAUUGCCGUAGCAAACGAUUGCAACAACGACACGACCUCGAGACGACAAAUCGCAAUCUGCAGAAUGAACUUCAGCGAAUGAAGAUCGAGAUGGCUCGGCUCCAGCAAGAACGUGAUCUUUUCAAACAAAGAUGGGAUAUCCUUAGAACGCGACAGAGCCAUACUCAUAAUCACAGCCACAAUCAUCAUCAGCAACAGGCGUCGCAGCAGCAGCAGCAGCAGCAGCAGCAGCAACAACAACAACAACAGCAAGCGCAAGCGCAACAGCCGCAGCCGCAGCAGCAUCAAUCCCAAAAUCAACAACAGCAACAACAACCGCCUCCGCAACAGCAACAUCAACCAGCGCCUGCGAGUCCAGAAGUUUAUCUGUGACAUCGACAGCGCCGAGGAGGCGCUUGCUGGACCUGAACAGACAUCCGUCGUGCGCUCGUUGUACGAGAUUCUCGAUCGUGACAUACCUGUGCGCGUGGGACUGAAAGACAAAGAACCAGACGAACAACCGGGUAUAUCCUUCGAGAAACAACGUUUGUUUCCUUCCUCUUUUCAAUCGAGUCUCAAGUCUUAGGCACGUUUUUAAGCUCGUCUGCGUGUAUAUAGCGUUCAGUUCUCCUUCCUUUUCUUUGUAUGUAUAGCUUUGUUAAACGACGUGAAAAAAAGAAAAGAGGAGCCUUGACUGUUAAAACCAACUUUGUAAAUCGUGUAUGGAAUUAGCAGCGCAGCUAAUCUGUCGUUAGACUAAAGAUAAUUAGAUCUAUUCUCAUAGGUAUAGAAAUAUAUCGCUCGCGGUAGGCUGGACGUCUUUGCCAAAUAUUCUACCGAAAAGAAGAAGAAGAAGAAGGAGAAAAGAAAGAAACGGGAUAAAGAAAAGAGAAGGAAAUAUAAGCGAACUUCGUGGAAGCGCGAAAAAGGAGAGAGGCAAGGAUGAAGCUUAAAGUCAGAGGUUUAGCGUUCACGAGGUUCAUCCUUUUCUUUGUUAUUUAACUUUUAGCCAAACCAUAAUACCAUUGACACGUUUGUCACGAAUGAUCGGUUUGGAUAACCUUCGUUACCGCUUAUUAUCAUCUAUUAUACGUACUUCGUGUUUGUAAUAUUAAUUCUCCAUUGGUAUCUUUGGAUCAUAGUUUUUCGCAUUUUUCAUAUUUUGUUAUCGUUGUUCGCAUUGGGUUACUUAAUUUUAAGUUGCUUAGCUCCACGUAGUGAAUAUGUUUUAUUUUACAAAUUCAAUCGCCCUAUCGUAAAGGAAUUUGUUACGUUGGAGGAGAGCAUGACAGAAUCGUUGCCGAUUUCUAGUCUCAAUUUAUUUCAUUUUACAGAUUUUCAGGCAUAGUUUCUCUUACGAGAUAAAAUUAAACGUUCGGGAAGCUAUUAACGUUCGUCCAUCAACCUGUGAAACAGAGAAUACAGAAUAAGAUUAAAGAUCGGGAAAUUAAGUAACCUGACUAAAAGCGUUCCGGUUAUCUAUGAUUCAACGGUAUCAUUUAAGAAUUGAUACAUCAUAUAGAUCGUGAUACAUUCAACAUCAUUCGUUGCGUUAACUGUUCAAGCUCCGAGAUAACUCGAUUUUUAGACGUCGCAUAGUUUCUUACGAAUAUCAUAGAAAGAAGCAUAGAGCAACGUUGUUUACGAGUGGAGCCCCUUGCAAGCUCCGAUCCUCUUCGUACGUCCUUAUAAGAAAAAGGCAGUUGACAUUUUUAACACGACCUCCCUGUUUUUCUACCUCGGUUUUAAACAGAAGGCGACACGCCACAGCGAUGGGAAUCCGUUUUAUACGAGAUACGAGAAGGCUCGACCAGUACCAGCUUUUACAGUUUGGUGUUGACGAAUCGCUAUCCGUUUCCAUCGUUCCUCAUCGCUCUCUUCGUUUAUAAUAAUUUUUAUAUUUAAAUAGUUACUUGCGUGGAGUAUAAUAGCGUAAUCGAAUUUUCGAGAUCGAGUUGUGCGUUGCCACGAUAUCCAGGAUCGUGGAAUUUAUCAGCAGAACCACGGUCCUGGAAAUUUGUACCGGAUACUUUCGUGCCAAUACCCACGAACCUAUUUAGAAAAUGGCCAAAUUCUUUUGGCCGAUCUUUGGCCGAGAUUGCUUAACCCUCUGACAAUCGAAGACUGGGUCAAUCUUGUCUCGUGUACAUAUUUCACGUUCGUUACCUUCUAAUCGUACGAUACAUUUAGAAAUUAUAGUUCUACCGAAUUGCGAUGGAACUUCGUUUAUACAAGUAACCUUCAACUUCCGAUAUCCGAACUUGAAAGCUUAGCUAUUAUGCGAACUGUGGUCCAGCCGCAGUCUUCCAUUACGUUCAAACGUGUAUUCUUGUAACGGAGUUUAUACGGAGAAUAAAUUGUACGCUGGAAACGUGGGACAGUGGGACGCGAUACAGAAACGACUGGUCAGCUGCCUGUUUCUACGUAUCAGGAUCCUUCCGUGCAGUUCAGCCAGGUAACGUUACAGGUGAAAUUCUACAAGCCACGAGUUACAGAUUUUUCUCGAUUAACGGCAACGGGUUUGACGAUAAAUGAAAUUGUACGUGUAAAUGUUAGGAAUCGCAAGCCGGCAGAACGUUCCGUUCGACGUAACAUCGCGAUAAGAAAAAAGUUUAUAAACCUAGGAUUAAUAGGUUGUCAGCUGGUUAAUAUCAUUUGUUAGCAAAUUAUCGUGCACGAAAGCCUUUUUUCUCUUCGUUAUCUAAACUGAUAAGAAAGACCGAAGACGAUAGCUAGAGAAUUCGUUGUCAGUCCUCUAAACUAUCUUGGGUUCCCAACCUGCUCGGAUAAACGAAGUUCUAGCGAUCACCGAUACGAACGAUUUUAUUUUCCAAGCAAAUUUCGUUAUUACUGUGCUAUGGACUUUUACGAACUUACGUGAAACGUAAAGUUGUAAAUAUAUAUAUAAAAGGUUGAAAGUAACGCAAUUCUUAGUACGUAGGCGAGAAGAACAUCUAUUCAAUCUCUGUUUCUCUUUGAUCGAUUUUUGUUUCAACGGUAUAAAUUAAAAUAUGCUGCGCUAAUAGCAACGAUGAUCCAGUCUUUGUUAGACAAGGGUUGAUCGACGAGUAAACGGUAAUGGAGAAAUCAUCGUGCAUCCUUAUGAACGAUUAUCUUUUAUCUUCAUUUAUCCUUAUCGCGAAAGGAGAAGCUUACACGUUCUCUUUCAUCUGGUUUCGACGUUCCGCGGUGCGAAAUCCCGAUUCAAAUCGUGUCGCAGAGGUCGCUUCGUCUAAUUAAUAGAAUUCGCUUCGAUUAUAUUAGCGUCUACGAGCAUGUUCGAUCGUGUAGCGCGAAUGGGACGAACGUGCGUUUUCAACGGGGUUCGACGGAGAAGGAGAACCCAAGGAUCUCAAGAAAAUGCGUAAGAACGCGUGCCGAUACAUUUUCGUACCGACACCUACGGGAACAGUGAUAUCGAUUUUAGUAAUUAUGGCACAAAAUGAUCUGUAUACGGUAGAUCUAUAAAUUAUUAGUCGACUCUUAGGUUUGAUUUUAGGGGGAUCGUUAGACGAGAAGAAGAGGGGCUACGAUGUAAUCGUUUGCGUUGCACAGCGGCGUAAAUUUUGUUGCCACGAAUUCCUGGCCGAUUACGAACUAACAAUUCCUAGUAAUCACGCAUGAUAGCGAAUAAUUGUCAUACGAUAUAUCUGAGAAUUGAAAUUUUCGAAGAAGCAGCAGCUUUCCUUUCGUUUUCUUUUAACGUGAUCAUGCGGUUGUGAAGAUGCGAAAGUAUCAGAUUUGAUACAAAAAUUACGCCACUGUCAUAUCGAAUGACAUAUGAAUAUACUAUAUAUAUAUUAUUGUUUUGUCGUGGUUGGAUUACGUUGGGUCGUUUCUGUCGACCGAGAAUGUUUCCGAUUCGACUUAAAAAUGUUUUAAUUCCCGUUACAUCGUCUCAUGUGUACAUAAAAUAAUUAUUAUACUUCUUAUUAUAAAUAAACGUCGAUAUCGACAGUUUCAGAUA